AUGGCGCCCACCGCCGACACCCCGUGCGGCGCCGGCGACCCCGAUCCGCUCGGCGUGGAAUCUCUCAUCGUCGUGCCGCCGCCGGAUCCCAACAUGAGUCGCGGAACCUCCUCUCGGCGACCCCUCUGGUCACGGCGAGGGUUUGACAUUUCGCCCGUGCCGUCACCUCUUAUCCGAUCCAAACAAGGGGAGAGGUACCGCGACCAUCAGCACCACCGCGCCCCUGAUGAGAACAUCCGCAGUCCGCGCUUCUACUCGCCGCUCAGGCGAUCGAAGUCAGUGCCGUUUCCCAAGCGGUCCCGGUUGGAAGACGGUCGCAAAGGAUCUUCAAGCGGCGGGCACUGUUAUAAUGAUGAAGAGGGAAGUGGAAGCAGAGGCAGAUAUGAUGAUGGUCAGCACACCCAAGCUACUUCUGUGGAGAUGAACAAUAUACACAGAGGAACUCAAGCCCAAACGACAAUGGCAAAAGAAGCCUACCGCUCUGAGGAUGAGCAAUAUAUACAGAGUGGUUCACAUGAUGAUGAUCAGGGUGGGACCUCAGGUAUAACUUCACAGUUAGACUUAGAUUGCCGUGGUUCAACAUCUGGUUGCUAUGAUGAUUCAAGAAUUGUUGGAAGGUCAGGAGUUGUUGGAAGGGAAUCCAGCUUCACAGAAAAGGAAGAUUUUGCAUAUGAUGCAUUGGUAGAUGAUUUUAUGUCUGCUGUAUCGAAAAGUUGGUACAAUCCUGUUCCUAAUAAAACAGUGGAUAAAGAAGCUCGCCAAAAGCAAACGAAUCGAUUUUCUGAACUGGCUCUUAAGCGUUACAACAAAAACAGAAACAAUAAGGUUAAAUAUGCUCUUGUUGAGGCAACAGUUGGUGGUGCGAUUUUUGAAGACUCUGAACUUUAUGCCCAUGUGAAUUUUUAUGCCAAGGCCAAGAAUGGACCAAAGAAGAAUAGUGGCAAAGUGCUUGUAUUCGCAGAGUUGCAUCAUAUUGGCAGGCGUCAAAAUGCUAAGGUUCUUACAUGCUUUUGCUUUCUGGAUGAAAACAACCAAUUCGGUGGGCGUCGCGAUCAAGUUCAAAGACCCAUUAUUGCUCAAGAUAUACAUCACUGUUAUGCCUGUAGUGAUAGAAUUAAGCAUCCUGAUGGAUCAUGCUACAAGGCUGGACAUGUUGUUGAUAUGCUGUGCUAUCAUUAUAACUAG